AUGGAGCCGAGGGGAAAAAAGUGCAUCACCAUCUCGAUUAGAGCGACACAACAAUCUGGUGUGUUGCUGACCACGGUUGGAGUGAUUGUGGAAGACAUCAACGACAAUGCUCCCCUGUUUGGCGUGACUCCUCCAGAUUACUCAAGGCCAGAAGGAUCACAUGUGUCACUGUGCAUUGAUGAACAUCCGGGACUCGAAGCUAUUGACAUAGAUUCAGGCCAGAACGCAGAUAUCACAUACAUGCUUGAGGAGGAAGGUACAGAUAUGUUUCAGAUAGACGGUAACUGCAUAGUCAACAAGGUUGAAUUGGACCGCGAGGCAGUAGCCGACCCAUCCAACACCCCCGAGUAUCGCAUCGAGCUCACACUGAUUGCUUCAGACGGUGAACUUGAGUCCAAUAACACACUCACCAUCAUUGUAACCGACGUGAAUGACAACACCCCCAUUUUUACCGAGUCAUCUCUGGCAAUUGUUCGAGUUCGGGAAGACGAAAUGGAUGGCAUUGUCAUUCGGGAUCUCAAUGCUACUGAUCUUGACUUCAACGAUGUUCUGACCUUCAGCCUGGAAACAAACGGUGUACCCUUUGCCCUGAAUGAGAUGAAUGGGAAGUUGUCUCUGGUGAAAAGUGAUGGAAAUAUCGAUCCCGGUGCGCAAAAUCUGGAUAUCGCAGUCUCAGAUGCGGUCGGUAAUACAAACAGGUCAACACUCACCGUUGAUAUUUUGGACGUGAAUGAUAAAGCAGAUAUUACAUUUCUUACAGAAAAGCCCCUCAUAGAAGAGAUGGACCCCAACCAUUACUUACUUCGCUAUAAGAUUCAAGACAAGGAUGAGAGCACUGACGAAAAUUAUUAUGACGUUCAAUUAUCUGGGCAACAUGCCGAGUAUUUUGAAACCAAGGAACUGAUCCAAGGCCCAGAUGGUAACAGCAUUAUCGAACUGGUCAUUGAUAUAGAAGAGAUCGGCCUAUACAAGAACUACACUCAUCAGCUAUGCCAUAACAUCACAGUUAUUGGGAUCAAUGACAACGUACCGUUUAUCAACAAAACCAAAUUUUACGUCCCGGAGGAAAGUGAAAUGAAAAUCGGUGACCUUGAGAUCAUGGACUUGGACAGUGGCAUAAAUGGUACUAUCGCAGGGUCUUCUGUGGAGUCAGCUUUUGCCUACAACAAUCCCGUAUCCCUGACCCGUAUGAACGUCACACAACGGUUUCAGUCUCUGAACCCCGGCAAUCAGUCAGCGCUUAUAUCGCCAUCUCUGGACAGGGAGGUUGGGAUAGAAUUAAUCAUUGUCACCAUGAAAUUAACAGAUGGUGGUGGAAGCUCAAGCUACGUAAACAUCACUGUAAACUUGGGAGACAUCAACGACAACUGUCCGAUAUUUGCCAACGACCUUGUAAUUGAAUUCAAUGAAGGGGAAGUUGAUGGCGUCCAAGGUCGAGUGUCAGCCAGUGAUGCAGACACUGGUCCCAAUGCUGAAGUGGUGUAUCAGCUACUAAACCGCACAGAACUCUUCACUGUGAAUUCAUCAAGUGGAGAUAUAAUGGCAAACGGUAGUUUUGAUCGCGAACAAAAAGACAAUUACGCACUAGUGAUUGAGGCAAGGAACAGUCGUCAGAUCGAAGGUCUGAAAUGCGAGUGGAGCAGAAUCGUAGUGACGGUAAUGAUUCUUGAUGUGAACGACAACGAUCCAGUGUGGGAAAACACAGGUUCCACAUUUGACGUCUUUUCCGAUUCUGCAAUUGGCACUCUUGUGAUAACCCUCAUUGCCAGCGAUGCUGACCAGAACCCUUCAAUUACGUAUGAGAUUGAACCCAAUGAACUUUUCAAGAUGGACGAACGCAACGGUGUUAUCAGUGUAGGAGCCGAUCUAUCUGACAAAGUCGACAGCUACGACCUCACAGUCACAGCUUCAGACGGAGAGAAAACAGUGCUACGUAAUAUCACUAUCAAUGUAAAGACUCCCGAAGCUGCUAGUUCUUUUACCCAACCUGUCAUCAUUGGCAUCACAGUUGGGCUCUGCGCUCUUCUGGUGACGGCCAUCCUGGUCACAACAGCCUUCAUUCUCUACUGCGUUUACCUUGAAAAGAAGAAACAAAGUCGGAAGAUUAAUAAUCGAAAUGGGAGGUUGGACAUCGACGGAGCCAACUCUCCAGCGAGAGGUAUACUGCGUCCGAUACCUGGUACCACGGGGCUCAACGGUCGAACCAGCAGCGCCAGUGGAAGCAGCCGAGUCAAGUUUGGGAAGACGGUCCAGGAAUAUGGGUAUGAUUACGAGAGCAACGGUUCUGGCGUGUAUGUGACUGCCAUCCACCUGGACAGCAGUGGAGACGAAUCCCCUGUCACUCCUCCCCGUCCCCCCUCCGCACCUUCCCACCAUCACCAUCACAACGGGAAGCUCCCGGCGAUGGGUCGCCACGCUCACACCAACGGUGGACCAGCUCGCCUCUCACCUAUUCACGAGGACACACUCUUUAAUUCUUACCCCUACCGCCACACCCCAUGCAGGACGAUUAUUCAGACGACUCAGAAGAAGGCAAUUCGGAAGACGACGAGAGUACUCUACCAGACAAUGCCUCCAGCACAAACGCCCCUCUUCCCAACACUCGCCACCUGUCCCACAUGGCUUCCUCGCCUCGCUCCACUCCUCCUAACUCUCACCUAG